AUGACCCAGGCCUGCGACACUCGCACCGGUCUGCCACCAGAGAUUCAGCACAACGCUCUGCUCCAACUCCUCUCUAACUCGCUCGUGCUGUCUCACACAGCACCCUACCUUUCGUGCUGUGACGUCUUGAACCUCGCAGCCACAUCGCGGGCCUUCCGUUUCCUCGUCUACCACACGCCCCAGGUUUUCCGCCGCCUAGAACUCAGCAAUAUCAAAUCAGCCCAGUUCGAUAUUGACGCCAUCGAUCGAGGUGGAGAGAUUUGGUACAACGUCCAGAAUGACGAGAAUUUGACCGAAGAUGACUUCUACUCGGGUCCGUUGCGUGGCGUUUUCUCCAACCUCCGACGCCUCAAUAUCCUGAGGGAUGUGCAGGUUCUCUGCCUCGACGGGCUUUCCGUCACGGCCGAGCUAGUGCACGACAUCCUGAUCGACCCUGCCUUCUCCGUCCGCAUCUUAUCCAUUCGCGAUGUUAAGAACAUGAAUGAGGGGAAGCUCUGUGGAACCCUGAAGUAUGCCUGCCGUGAUUCGAGGCCCGAGGGGACCCCGCGGCUGAAGGGUCUCUAUGUCUUUGGCUCCAAGGAUUCUGCCCCGGGUCGGAUGCCUGCGUCUGAGAGCAGAAGUCCGUCCCUAGUCAGCCCGACAGGGUUGGCCGCAUCAUGGAAUAACCGGAGCCAGAAGGCUUUGACUGCCGCUCUUGCUGAGGAAGCGGAGGCAUGGUAUGCUCGCCGUGGUAGUCAGUUCGCCCCACAUCGCAUCAAGGCCGAAUGGGCGUCCACUCUGGUUGCGUGUGCUGGGAUUAUCGCCUUUGACUCGGUUCUUUGCACGGGCCCGAGGCAUUUCAACUCCCCGGCAUGGGGAUCCGUCAAUAUAGACGCCCUGAACGCCGCGAGCGGCUCGCCUGCUUCCGCCAGUGUGCCCCACUUCAAUGUCGCGACACACAGCUUGGCCGGAUGCGCCUCUUGUGGCUCGGCUCCGGAAGGGUGGACGGUUUGGGGCGAAGACGAAUUCACAUCUCGCCGCGGUGCCAGUGCGAGGAGGACCAGCGGCAGCAGCACUACUAAUAUCGGCAGGUUCCCAUUGCUAGCACCCCCUCCGAUGCACUCGUCGAGUCUCGAAGUCGCAAUGUGCCCGACCGGCCAAUCAGUGAGGACACGGGUCCCCUACGCAUCGAGAGGAAAGCAACAAAAGGCACAGUUCAUCCCGCGUUGCUUCGACUGCAUUCGCGAUCGCUACUGCGCAGGAUGCCACCGCUGGUGGUGCGAGUCCUGCUACAUUGGGCCCUUCGCCUCAUCGCCGGGUGGUCAUGCGGGGGGCCAUGCGGCGGCCGCUGACCUUGUAAGCAACCCCUCUCCCGACACCAAUGCGGCAAGUGUGAACGACGGCGGAGGUGCGAUAUACAAGGUGCGCGACGGAAUGUGCGCGGAUGGGAGGUGCUCCCUCCAGCAACCCUGA